AUGAUAGUAAACGCUAUCAAGAACCAACUAGGAGAAGGUUCUCGCGAGAAGAAGCUGUAUGAGAAGCCAUAUAGUAAAAGGAUCAGCAAAUUGAAGAUACCUAAAGGCUAUCAACCCCCAAAAUUCCAGCAAUUCGAUGGGAAAGGCAACCCCAAGCAGCACAUCGCUCAUUUUAUUGAGACAUGCAACAACGCUGGAACGGCAGGAGACUUGCUUGUCAAACAAUUCGUUCGUUCCCUUAAGGGAAUUGCGUUCGAUUGGUACACUGAUCUCCCUCGAGAGUCCAUCGAUAGUUGGGAUGAUAUGGAGGAGGAGUUUAAGAAGAGAUUCUACUGUACACGACGCAUAGUCAGCAUGACCCAAUUAACCAAGACUGAACAAUGGGAAGAUGGGCCAGUUCUGGACUACAUCAGUCGAUGGAGAGCUUUAAGUCUAGAAUGCAAAGAUCUAAAAAUUUCUGGUAAGCCAAAGAGUGAACAAAAGAGAGAGUCAUCUUUGAAGGAUGCAAAUACAAAGAGAGAAGAGCCCACCUUAAAGGAAUUGCAGGAAAAAAAGUAUCCAUUUCCAGAUUCAGACUCGUCAGGAAUGCUAGACGACUUGCUCGAGAAAAAGAUCAUCGAGCUACCUGAGUCUAAACGUCCCAAGAAAAUGGGUAGAUCAUCUGAUCCAAACUAUUGUCGAUACCAUAGAUUGGUGAGUCAUCCCCUCGAAAAAUGCAUCACUCUCAAGGAGAAAAUAAUGAGGCUCGCAAAAGAAGGAAGGGUUGUGCUAGAUUUAGAUGAAAAAGAAGGAUCCAAUCAUACCACAGUCGCCGUGGAUGCUUCACCAUGUGAACGACAUGCACAAAUUAUCCAGUUUGGGAGUUUGGAGCCUGUUGUCAUACAAGUAAUGAAGUCUAGCCCAACAUUGCAUUCAGAUCCUACUCCAUUGCCGUAUGAAGAGGAAGAGGAAGGGUGGACGUUGGUAACCAGGAGGAAGGCAAGGUAG